CCCCUAGUCCCACCGCCGCCGCCGCCGCCGAGGCCGAGCAGUUAGCCAGUCCGCGUGGCACGCCUAUCGCUCUCUCUGCCCCGCUAAUCCCCAUUUCCGGGUGCCGGCGAGACCCCUUACCCAAUCGCCGAUCGCGCGCCAUGUCCUCUUCCUCCACCUCCUCCUCCUGCGACGGGGGCGGGAACCCUAGCCCCCCGGCGGCGGCGGGUGUGGCGGGCGCCGCGGCGGCGGGCGCGGCCGGUGCGGCGGCGGCGUGGCCGAGGCGGCAGUGCCGGGACGUGUUCUGGCUGGUGGUCUUCCUCCUCCACCUGCUCGUCUUCGGCGCCGCGCUCGCGCUCUUCGGCCUCAACCGCUUCCGCCAGGCCGACCGCUUCAACAUCGGCCGCUACGCCAACCUCACCGCGGAGCCCUGGGGCACCCCCGCGGGCUCCCCGGACCCCGCGCCCGCGCCGCCGCCGCCCUCGGUCUACCGCUCCGAGGACCCCUCCGUGCCGGCGUCCGAGCUCACGGAGACGUACUGGAAGUUCUACGGCGCAGCGGGGGGCGUGGGGGCGGCCCUCGCGUGGGCGUGGCUGGCGGCGGCGGCAUGGAGGAAGGACGGCGGUAAGGUGGUCAUGCGGACCGCCGUCCACAGCCUCACGGCGUACCUUGCCGUCGUCAGCGUCCUGUGCUUCUGGGGGAAGCACUUCUUCUGGGGCGUCGCCUUGGCCGUCGGGGCCGCCCUGCACUUCCUCUACGUCAUGUCUGUGCUCGAUAGGUUUCCCUUCACAAUGCUAGUACUGCAGAAGGCAGUAAGGAUGGUAUGGGAACUUCCUGACGUGAUGAGAAUUGCUUAUGCAUUUGUGCUAGUCAUGCUUUGUUGGAUGGCAUUAUGGUCCUUUGGAGUUUCUGGCAUUGUUGCCUUUGGCAUUCCAAAUGGUGGGCAAUGGUGGCUGCUUUUGAUAUUUUCAGUAAGUUUAUUUUGGACUGGAGCUGUCCUUAGCAAUACAGUCCAUGUCAUUGUAUCAGGGAUGGUUUUCCUCGUUCUCAUUCAUGGUGGUCCAGCUGCUGCAACAAUGCCCCCAAAACCUCUUCUAAAGUCCCUUCAGUAUGCUGUAACAACUUCAUUUGGAAGCAUUUGCUAUGGGUCACUAUUUACCGCUGCUAUUAGGACUUUACGUUGGGAGAUUCGUGGUAUUCGUUCUAAAAUAGGCAGCAAUGAGUGUUUGCUCUGCUGUAUUGAUUUUUUGUUUCAUAUUGUGGAGACGCUUGUUCGCUUCUUCAACAAAUACGCAUAUGUACAGAUUGCGGUCAAUGGACAGAGUUUCAAUCGCUCAGCUAGGGAUGCCUGGGAGCUGUUUCAAUCCACAGGGAUUGAAGCACUUGUCGCUUAUGACUGUUCGGGUGCAAUCCUCCUGAUGAGCACAAUUUUAGGUGGAUUAAUAACUGGAACUUGUACAGGCGUUUGGACAUACUUCAAUCAAAGCGAUAAAGCCAUUAUGGUUGGUUCAACCUCUAUGCUGAUGGGUAUGAUACUGGUUGGGCUUACCGUUGUGGUUGUGGAAAGUGCUGUUACAUCAAUAUACAUAUGCUAUGCUGAGGAUCCCCUUUUGAUUCAGAGAUGGGAUCCUGAAUUUUUCGAACAACUGUCAGAAGCACUACAUGAGCGACUGCAGUACCGAAGUGCACGAGCUCGCCAAAUACUGAAUGGCCGGCUUGAUCAUUUGCCACAUACGUCAAGUAUUUGAAUUGCAUGUCAGAUAUUGCUCAUUUCUGUGAAUCCAUCGAAACGCAGGCAGGUAUUUCCAGAAGAAGUUUUGGUUCUCCCUGCCAUUGAAAUAUAUAGGAAGAUAUGUUCCAAGCUAUUGACAUUUAGAGAGCUGAAGCGCCCCCAAAAACAUGAGGCCUUCAAAAACCACAGAAUGUGUUGAAAUCCCAAUGAAGUGUACUCUCCCAUGUUCAUGCUUAGGUAUUGCAUCUCAGUACAAUGUCAGUUUCAAUAUGUGUAGCCUUUUGCGGUAAGAUAGAAAUGGUUAAAUCCAUUUCGAAAUUUGUGAGAGUGAGUACGGUUGAAACAUUAAUUUGUGCGGGUUAGUGCGGCAAUGUGUUAGGAUUUUGUCUUUCUUUUGUAGUGUUAGACCUACUGUCUGACAAAACUAUGGGGAGGAACAGCAUUCAUUGUGGUCGACUGGUCGGCCGGUUGUACAGAACAUGGCUGCUUAAUGCUCAUACUAGAUGUUCGCAUGCGCUAUUCA